AUGGCCCUGAGAGGCUGCGGGGAAAGGAACACCCCGUCCUGGCUGUGUUUGCUGCUGCUCUUGGCUGGCUGUCUGGGCUUCUACAGGGUCAUCUCUCCUAAAGCCCAGGUCCUCAAGCCCACGCGGACGGAUGUGCUGGUCAUGACGCCCUGGCUUGCCCCCAUCAUCUGGGAUGGGACCUUCGACUCCACCAUCCUGGACGCACAGUUCAGAACCACUACCAUUGGGCUGACUGUGUUCGCCAUCAAAAAGUACGUGGUCUUCCUGGAGCUCUUUCUGCGGACCGCAGAGCAGCACUUCAUGGUGGGACACAAGGUCAACUACUACAUCUUCACUGACCGGCUGGCCGAUGUCCCGAGUGUCCCCCUCCAGGAAGGCCGGCAGCUGGUGGUCCUCGAGGUCCGGAACUACACCCGCUGGCAGGACAUCUCCAUGCACCGUAUGGAGAUGAUCAGCAACUUCUCCGAGCGGCGCUUCCUCCACGAGGUGGACUACCUGGUGUGCGCCGACGUGGACAUGAAGUUCAGUGACCACGUGGGUGUGGAGAUCCUGUCCUCCCUGUUCGGCACCCUCCACCCAGGUUUCUAUUCCGCCCAGCGCCAGGCCUUCACCUACGAGCGCCGGCCCCAGUCCCAGGCCUACAUCCCCAGGGAUGAGGGGGACUUCUACUAUGCUGGUGGCUUCUUCGGGGGCUCCGUGCUGGAGGUGCACAGACUCACCAAGGCCUGUCACCAGGCGAUGAUGGCGGACCAAGCAAAUCACAUUGAGGCCGUGUGGCAUGAUGAAAGCCAUCUCAACAAAUACCUGCUGUACCACAAGCCCACCAAGGUGCUGUCUCCUGAGUACAUGUGGGACGAGCAGUUGUUGGGCCGGCCCCCCAUCAUGAAGAGGCUGCGGUAUGUGGCUGUGCCCAAAAACCACCAGGCCAUCCGGAACCGAUGA